GUCAGAGUCACAGUCCAUUCACUUGGAGUUGAAGUAGCCUUGAAGGAAGCUGGAAGGGCGAGGCAAUUGUGUUCUCCUGCAUUGUCGCUGAAAAUCAUGCAGAACUUGAGGAGGCGCAUUCAAUCGUCACGAGUGACAGGUGUGGCAACUGCAGCAGUCUGAUUUCAUCCUAUAUCAACCCUUAGUUUGGCGCGUGAAGAAUCGUACAGAGUGCAAAUAAAAUGGACAAGGAAGAGAAAGUAGGAGACAGAGAAAGAGACGGGACAUGCAAAAAUACCAAAACUGAGAAGAAUGGAUCCAAUGGCAGUCAUGAUGACAGGCGGGCAACGGUUGCUGGACAGGGGAAGGAUGGAGAAGAGAAGGAGCGGGGUCAUGAUGAGGUCAGGGGGAGGGGCAAUAAGUUGCGACGGCGGCAGAGAAGUGAUUCUUCCGAGAGUGAGAGCAUGAGCGAUACAGAAAGCGAUCUAAGCAGGGAAAGGAGACGGAAAGGUAGCAAUCGUAGGCAAGGGAAGAGGGAGGGAGAGAAGCGGAAGGGGCAGAAUGGGAGGAAGAGAAACAAGGAGCGAGAAGCAAGCAGAAGCGGGAGCGAAAGUGACGCAGAUAGCGGCGCUAGCAGUUUCUCCUGCAGCGGCUCGGAGGCAGAACAUGCAAGGAAGAAACGGAAGGGUGGAGAGAGUCACUCAGUGAGAAAGGGAAAGGGCCAAUCAAACGGCCUUGACAAGAAGCGAGUUGGCAGUGACUCUGGAGAUAGUGAAGGCAGUGCGUUGGAUGGAAGGAAGCGAAAAGAACGUUCUAGGGACCUAACAAGUCGAAGCGCUCGAAUGAGGGACCGGUCGAGCAAGAACAGUAGGAAGAGGAGACGUAAAGAUGUGAGCAAAUCGGAAAGCAGCAGUGAAAGUGAGGAUCGGAGAGAGCGGAAGAGGCGAAAACGGAGGAAGAGAGAGGAACGAGAGGAGAGAAAGAAGCGGAAGCGAAAAGACAAGAAGGAGAAAUGGGGACAAGAGGGCGAAAGAGAAGCGGCAGAACUAGAGGGGGCUGGAAAUGAAGUGCAGCCAGAAAAGCCGGGCCCCAACAGCCAGCAGGAGGCUGCUAGACGGGCUGCAGAGGAAACAAAGCGCGCAAUGCGUCAGAACGCUGAGGUGGCGCGGGUGCGGCUGGCGGGGGAGGUCGAGCAAGCGCGUGCUCAGCAGAUGGCGCUGCAGAACCAGUUUGGGGCGGUGGAUCAGCGGGCAGUCAAGAAGCUGAAUGCAGAGAAGCGGAAACUGAAGAGCAUGCUGAAAGCGAGCCACAAGCUGGAGGCCCUGGAAGCGAAGGAGGCGGCGCGCAUGGACGCCUUCAGAGUCGCGAUGGGUCUUCCCACUGCAGAAGCCCAGCGACAGGCCGAGUGGCGCGCCGAGGCGACGCAGCAGGCCGCGCUGAUGCAGGCCACGUCAGCACAGGAGCCGCCAACGCCGCGGAGAACUUUGGGGCCGCAGCUGCCGAGCAGCAAGCCCAACAAGUUCAGAGCUCCGCUUUUGACUCCAGGAUUGUUCAUCGACGGCUACCCCAUCGGCAACGCAAUAGGGGUCCAGCUCGCCUUCGGAGUCGCAUACUUGUUGGCGCCUCGCUUGUGGUCUUCCAUUGGUUUUGAAGGCAGUCGAAGGUUGCCGACGGAAAGCAGCAGCAAGUUUCGCUAG